ACAUUACAUCACCAGUAAAGGAAUUUUCUGCGCAUGUCCAUAUUGCACAACCACGCUGCCUACUCUCACUGACCCCCACCAGAUUGGCUGACAACUGACUGAAAAGCUCACCUUAUCAAGAAAGCAAUACAUUGACGAGGUGAAAUGGCGGAUGGGGGUGAUGAUACUUUCCAAGCAACUGAUUCUGGAUCUUCAAACACCUACCCCAUGCAGUGCUCAACGCUGCGUAAGGGUGGGUUUGUUGUGAUCAAGGGUCAGCCUUGUAAGAUUGUCGAAAUGUCUACUUCCAAGACGGGAAAACAUGGCCACGCUAAAGUGCACAUGGUGGCUCUCAACAUAUUUAACCAGAAAAAGUUAGAGGAGCUGUGUCCUUCCACCCACAAUAUGGACGUUCCCCACGUGAAACGUUCCGACUACCAGCUUGUGGACAUUGACGACGGUUACCUCUCUCUCAUGGAAGACGAUGGCACACAAAGGAGUGACAUCAAAUUACCUGAUAGUGAUCUUGGAAAAGAGAUUCAGACGAAAUUUGAAGCCGAUGAGCAAUUUAUGGUCACUAUUCUUGGUGCCAUGGGGAAGGAACAGGCUAUUGCUGUUAAGGCAUUGACAAAGUGAACUGGAUUAGGGCUGUUGUUAGUCUAUACCACCCGUUUAUUAUUAGUAUGAUGCAUUUGUAUUUUGAUGUUACUUGUCUGCAAUUGACUGAAAUCAAUGUUACAUUGUAGGAUAGUUUCAUCAUGGUUUUCUUGUCGAGAGAUUUUUGAUUGAAUUAUACCGUAAGAAUCAUUAUUUUGUCGUAA